AUGACAGCAUUAAAGCCUCCAACAUUUAUCGAUGCGAUUGACUUAAGUGUGGCGCUCACUAAAGAAGCGAUUAGAUUAGGAAAAUUUUCAACCUCUGAAGAGAAGAAGGAGACUCAUGCGAGGUCAUCUGGGAAGAACAAAAGGAAGCUCACUGAUUUCCAAAAGGGUACUUGGGCGAAUAACAACAACAAUGCCAAAAAGGGAAAAGGGUACAUGGGUAACCUACCUAAGUGCGACAAUUGUUGGCGUCAUCAUACCGGGCGAUUUAGAUAUGAAAAAUGUGAUAUUUGUGGCAAAGUGGGGCAUGCCAAGGAGACGUGUUGGAACGAUGUUGGACAUGGAAAUGAAGGUCGAAGUCUGAGGCCUAAGUGCGAUAGGUGCGGAAAGGAAGGACACAGUAAGGAUGCCUGUUGGGCGAAGUAUCCCAAACAAGGAGGAAAUGAUGAUGGCAACCAAGAUGGAAACUAUAGUUGUAGAGUUCUAGGUUGCUUCAAAUGUGGGGACGUGGGGCACUUUAGGAAAGAUUUCCCUAGGAAGAACCAAGCGAGGAAGGGUCUUCACGACCGGAGCUCGUGA